UUGUGAAGGUUAGAUUAGAAUUACAAAAUUUUGUUUUUCAGCUCUGCAAAGAAAUGAAACUCUUAGUUCUAGUACCUCAACAACUUAUACAUACACAAGUAAGCCAUCACCAAUGGAAGUGGACUAUGAAAGCCUCAAUAUUGUAAAGAAUGAAAUUUCGGUUACCAUCGACCAGGACAAGGUAGUCGAUGCUUCAUUAAAAAUGCAAAAGGAUGAUUCUCGUAGUAUGGCGACAGAAGAAGAUUUACAUGAAUUUCUUGAAACAGAGUCUGAAUCUCCAUUAUUUGAAAGUACACCUCCUCUGAAAAGGCGAACUACUGAACCAAUUAUGAUUGCGCAAUUGGCUACAGUAUUAGAUAAAUGUAAAAUUAGUAAAAGAGACGUAAUGCAUUUGUUGAUGGCCGCUGCGGAAGCAUUCAGCAUUAAUACGCGCAAUUUAGUAUUAAACACAUCAUCUAUACACAGGGCUUGUCAAAAUUUUCGCAAAGAACGAUAUGAGGCAAUUAAAAAACUUGCUCCACCACUUUUUUCUGGUUUACCGAGCACCAUCCACUGGGAUGGAAAGUUGCUUCCAGGAUAUUUACGAAGAGAAACUACUGAUAGACUAGCGAUUAUUAUUACAAGUAAUGGAAUGGAGCAACUCUUGGGUAUUCCAAAUAUCUCUUCUAGUCGUGGAAUAAAUCAAGCUCAAGCAGUAUUCGAUACUUUAAAUGACUGGUCUUUAUUAGAAAAUAUUGAAGCUCUUUGUUGUGAUUCAACAGCUAGCAAUACUGGUCGAAUAAAUGGAGCUUGUGUGUUAUUAGAAAGAUUAAUCGAUAAAGAUCUUUUCUAUUUUAUCUGCCGGCAUCAUAUUUACGAGCUUGUUCUAAGAAGUACUUUUGAAAUAAAAUUUGGUAAGACAGCUGGUCCGGAGGUACAAUUGUUUAAAAAUUUUGGAGAUUUUUGGAAAUCUGUAGAUCAAACAAAAUUUGAACCGGGUAUUAGUGAUACUUUUGUAAUUGAAUCUCUGCAAGAUGUAAAAGAAAAAAUUUUAGACUUUUGUUCGAAGUAUUUAAAAAAGGAUUUAAACAGAAGUGAUUUCAAAGAAUGUUUGGAACUAGUCAUGAUUUUUCUAGGCGGAAAAUUACCUAGUGGUAUAACUUUUUAUCGACCUGGAGCUAUUCACCAUGCUAGGUGGAUGGCAAAAGCUAUAUAUUGUUUGAAAAUAUUCAUCUUUCGGAAACAAUAUUUGCUAGAUAAAAAAGAUGUUGAAGUAAAAUGUAGAGACGUUUGCAUUUUUAUAUUAAGAGUCUACGUUCAUGCCUGGUUUUGUACUCCAUUUGCUGCUCAAGCACCAAAUCAAGAUUUAAAGUUUUUAAAAUGUUUGUACGAAUAUAGAAGAAUUGAUGAAAGUAUAUCUGACUGUGCUGUUAGAAAAAUUAUGAAUCACUUGUGGUAUUUGACUCCGCAUCUAACAGCACUAGCAUUUUUUGACUUUACUAUUUCAAAUGAAGAAAAGUUAAAAAUGUGCGAAGCUCUACAGUCAAAUUCUAGUGCGUUUGUUUAUGGAAAACGAAUUUUAGUCAAUGAAAAAAAUUUGGAUAAAAUAGUGAAUUCAAGUAUUAGUGAUUUUAUUUGCAAAGACACUUAUGAAACUUUUAGGCGUUAGUAGGAAGGGC